UAAAUUUCCGACCGCGCUGCUUGUGUUUCGGUUACCGUUGAAAAAAAUAAGAUAUAUAAACAAAGAAUAUGGAUAUAGGUCGAAAGAAAUUCAUCCGCUACAAGUACAAAAAAUAAAGGAUUUUCGUAUAUAUUGGAAAAUAUUUGUAACGAUUCGCUCGCAAGGUGUUGUUUUCCCUCUCGCUCUCUCACUCUUCCGCUCCGCGUGCGUGUGUGUGUGUAAAGGCCAAAGAGCGCCCCACCGAGCGCUCCCCGCCACGCCCCCUGUGGCAGAAGAAUAAAUUGGGUAAAAAAGAAUAUAUAUCCUGCUCUUUUAGAAUUUACCUGUGAAAGUGAAAACGUGACAACACGAUAAAACGAACGAGGCAAGCAAAACAAAAAACGAGUGCAUAAAACACGACAACGAAAGGAGGAGAAAAAGAACAAGUGCAGCGAUUCUGAAAAAAGAAAAAACGGAACAAGAACACAAAAAACAAAAAUAAUCAACGAAGGAAGGCCACGGAAGGAAAAACGAAGCAGCAGAAAUUGACAGACUUGGAAGCGACCACCCUUGCUAUUUGGUUAUCACACACAGCUAUGCUUUUGCAGUGUUCGUUGUAAAUCGUUUACUAUAAUGAAUUCCGCGCGGCAUCAUCGUAUUGGAGUAUUUCUGUCUCCAUAAGUUGGCCGCUAAUUAAAUCACAUGAAAUAGAAAUAUAAUCAUAAUAUUACGAACACAUAGAGAACCGAACAAGGCUCGCAAACUGAUUGCCAAACGAGGGAAAGCAAAGCACUGCAAAGCAAAAAGCCAUCUAGUCAAACGGAAACAACGAAGGAAAUUCGCAAAAAACUGCCUGGAGUGAAGCGCGGUCUCGAGUGGAGGCAAACCCAAAUCAAGACUUGACAGAGGACCCGGAGCGACCGCAAAGCUGGCUAAGAAGAUGCCAUACCAUCGGGGCGGAGAUGCCUCUUCCCAGGCCGACAAGUUGAGCGGCAUCGUGGAGGAGAGCGACCUGUACGAGGGGUUCGCCCCGCAUGUCGAGACGUCCGAGAUCAAAACCCUCGACUUUUACAAUUUACCAAAGCAAACUGGCAAAGAGCCGGCACUGCGCUCCUACACCGAGAUCCAACAGCUGUUGCAGCAGGGCAAGAAACGUGACGUAAAGAACAUACUCAGGGAGAACUCGUGGCCCAUCAACUCCCCCAUCCGAUCCCAGCUAUGGCCGAUGCUGUGCGGCCAGCACCAGACCAAGCAGCAGAUGCUGGACGGCUUCUACUGGGAGAUGGUCCACCAGGUCUUUGGCACCACCGAGCUGUCGGAGAAGCCGAUCAUGCUGCCCGCCUUUGUGGACGCCACCCACUGUUUGCCCUACCACUUGACCAGCACGGGCCGGGCCGUGGCCGAUCGCAUCGUGAAUGUCCUGGGCUACGACUGCCCCGAUAUUACCUACAGUCCAGUAUUGUAUCCAAUUACAUCGAUACUUUUGCAUUUCAUGUCGGAGGAGGAGGCGUACAUGUGUUUGGCCGGUCUGGUGGGCAGCAAGGAGAAGGUAUUCAUCAAUCAAACCAAACUACAGCACGAGGUCACCUGGAAGACGGUGAUGCAGAUAGCCAAAAAGCACACGAAAAGUGCCACUUCGUAUUUCCAACGUAUUUGCCCGGGCCUGAAGCUGGAGCGCAUCUUCAUGGACUGGUGCUGGUGGAUUCUAGCGGGUCUACCCUUCCAGCAUCUGGUGCGGAUCAUGGACUGCUACUUCCACGAGGGCAUCAAGGUCCUAUACCGCGUGGCCCUCGUCAUACUCAACCUGUUUCACAAGGAGUGCCAGUCGAACAACGAAUGGAGUCCGGAUAAUAUUAAAAACGACAUUGGCAAUGCGCUGAUCAAGUUCUGCAAGAAGAUACCAGUGUCGCCGGCGAAGCUGCUCCAUGCCGCGUUUAGUAUUAGGGGACUGAGUACCCAGUAUAUUUCUAGAAUAUUUAUCAAGACUGAAAUGCUACUAAAAAGCCGUUCCGUGCUUACCAGCGGUUCGAAGCAAUUAAUCAAAUCGCGUUCAAGUGAUAAUCUGCCCACUAGUCAGUCGCAGGUCAACAUCCAAAUGAUGUCGCACACCUUGACCAUCCGAGAGGGCGAAAAGUCGCCCGGUCAUAGAGCCAUCGCGAUGGGCGUUUAUCCCAUACACAAUCUGAAAAGUCAAGCUUGUAAGAACGAAGAUCUGUUCACGCUGUGGUCCUGGCUGCCCGUGCGGAUAACAAUGUACCAACCGGUGCUGCUCUACACCACUGAGGAGCACGGCUGCUCGCUGACCACGUUCUACGUCCGGGUGGAGCAGCACGAGCCCACGCUGCUCAUGAUUAAGACGUGCAAUAAUGAGGUAUUCGGGGCCUAUUGUUCCUCGCGCUGGUUUGAAAGGAAUGUAAAGGAUGACAAGGGCCAGCGACAGGCCUACUUCGGCACCGGCGAAACCUUUUUGUUCUCCCUAUAUCCAGAGCGGGCCAAGUACCCAUGGGUUGGCAUUGAGGGCGACAAGGAUCUGGGACACAGUUCCGAGCUGUUUAUGGCGGCCGACUCCAAGAUGAUCACCAUUGGUGGCGGCGAGGGUCAGGCUAUCUGGAUGGACGAGAACAUACGUUUUGGCAAGACGGACAGCUGCAAGACCUUCAACAAUCCACCGCUGUGUCCGUCGGGCGACUUUGAGAUCCGGGUGCUGGAGGUCUACGGCUUUGUGGGCAUCUAAGUAAACUUCUCCUCAGUCUGACCUAUAUUGCCCGCCGACGAUCAAGUGCUCAGCAAACCUGCUCGACCUUCCCCCCGCGUUUCCUACACCCACUCAAACACCUUCAGAUUGCUUUCGUUUCCGCCCAUUAUUGGCGGACGCUGAUGAUACCAAGAUGAGAAAAUGUGUAAACAUUUAUAAAAACUUAUUUAUAAAUAUGUAUCGAAAGUGGCCAAGCAGCAGCAAAUGCCGCCGUCGUCGUGUUAAUGUUAAAUGUUAAUUAAAAAAUGCAAGUCUAAAACAAAUUAUAUAUUAUAUAAUGGAAAUACUCUGUGAGUUCAUGUUUCAAAACGCAAAGCUUUGAAAUUACAAUACCCUAGUUGUUAUAACUCCUAAACAUGUAUACAUGAUAUCUAUACAAGCAUAUACAUAAAGAAUAAUUAUAAAGUGUAUAUCUAAAUGUAAAACGUAUUUCUAUAGCCAUGUAACGCAGCAAAGAAAAAAUAUUCCUUAAAAAUUGAAAGCAGAAAACAACACCAGAAAACUAGGGCUGCAACUUCAUUACUGUUUACUAGCGUUAUUAUUUCAUUUAGUUUAUAAAUUAUGUAUGUUUUUCUUUCUGUAAACCAAAUUUACUGACUUGACUGAAUUCGUUAUUAAUGUUAUUAAUAUUAUUAUUGCUAUGUGUAUAGAAAGUGUAUCUUGUAAAUUGCAUUGAAAACAACCGAAUGUUUCUGAAAGUUGUCCCCCAUUUGGUCGCAAAAUAUAUAGAUAAAGCAAAACCAAACCUCUUUCGAUUAGUGCUGCUGCUGCCGCCAAUGAUAUGCUCAGAUAUUUCAGAUAUAUACCAUAGUUUAUAUAGCCCCCAAUUUGAUAAACAUAGCGCUAAUGCCCUUCAGCAGCGGAAUUUGUAGUCAGGUCAAAGUGCAAAAAGAGGAUAAUGAAAGAGCAGAAAGGCGAAAGUUCUCACCCAUGUGCAAUUGAUCUCAAAAUGAAAAACGAAAACGAAAAACAAAGAAAUGUAUUACAAGUUGAAGGCUACAUAAGUAGGCAUAAACAAAAACAGAGAACAAUCAAUAAUUAUUUUAAGAUUCCAUUCCAUUUUCAAUACCAACGAAAUUCUUUGCUCACCUCCACCCAAAAACUGCACGUACACAAAAUUUUUGCACAUUUUUCUAGUCAAUUUUUAUGUUUAACAAAAAGAACAUGGUGUGUUUCCGCCCAUUUUACUCGAACUUUGCCCAUUUGCCUUUGAGUAACUGCAGAUUCCGUUGGUUUAUUGAUCGUUGCACCACUCAAGCGAAUUGUUACAAUUUAAUGGAGAAACCACAACGAAAAUUGAUGAGUAGGGACCGUAGUGACCACAGAUUGCAGUGUACGACAGGUAGCGCUUCACAACCAUAGCAUUACGGAGCUGGUACUCCACAAAUCCCAAACCAAUAUCCCGUACCCAAAAAAAAAUUGAGCCCUUCCAUCGAAACCCAGGUCACCUGCAAUCUGUGAACUGGAAAGAGCAGCAGUGAAAAGCAAACUAAAUAUGAAUAGUUUUUAGGUUUUAAACAAACUCUCUGUGUUGUUGUUACUAUGAUUCAAAGUAUAUGUGUACGCAGCAUUAUAUAACCGAACUCUUCAUUAUAUACCCAACUACAAAUAGUUGAACAAGUUGAUCCAUACAAGCUUAAAAUAUGAAAAAGCAAAUCUGUUUGUUAUUUGUUUCUGAGUGUAAAUCAUAUUGAAACAAUAAGUUUUACUAUAUUUGGUUGACUAAUUGUUAUAUGCGGAUAAUAUGAAUUGUUGAUAGUGCUUAAGUCGGGACGCGCUUGGCAGCUGUCCUCGAUGGAUUCUCUGAGAUUUCUCGGGACAUUGCCAGUAUGGACAGUAUUUGGUAAAGCAAAGCAAACAAUCUUUUGUACAUAAAUUGUUUUCUAUCUGAAUUGUUCUCAAUGUGUAGUUUAUAAACAAUAUCUUAAUAAAUAUCCAUAUAUUUAUAUUUGAAUGUUAUUUAUGUGUAGCCCAGAAAGUGACACGAAUAUAAUCCGCAGCUAAAACCGAGAAAGAAGAUAAACCAAGGUGUUUACUAUAUACCCACAUACAAUAAUUUAUACAAUAAACUGGAUAAAUAUGAAAAUCUAGAUGUGUUUGACGAUCGACAAAUGUAUUGACUAAAAAUUUAAACAGCGAUUGUGUGUAUCGAUUUUGAAAUGUUAUUUUUAUUUAUUAUAUGCAUAUUUUUUUAUUUAUAAGUCCUAAUUAAAGUACACACACAUACUUGCAUACACACGCAGAUUAUGUAGGAGACGAGUAAAUUUUAUUCAAUAAAUUAUAUUAAAUCAAACAAGAAUAAUUAUAUUAUAUAAAUAUAUAUGUAUGUUAAAUCAUUUUAGUGGAUGUAAAAAAAAAAAAUGGAAACAAAAUCAAAUAAAAUUAAAAUUAAAAAAAACAA